AUGUCUGAGACUGAGAGCCCCCUUGCCAGUAUCAGUACCAACAUCACUGGUGAAGACGCGAACGAGCUAAAUCCUUACAUCACACAAUGGAGCAUUGCUCUCCUAACCAUCAUCCUGGCUUUGGCCACCUUUGGAAACCUACUGGUUCUUUUCACCCUCCUUAGGCGGAGGAAGCACAAUGCCCUCAUGCACACAUUCAUGAUCCAUCUCUGCCUGGCAGACUUGGUGGUGGCUUUCUUCCAGGUUUUACCACAACUUAUCUGGGACAUCGUUGACCGAUUUCCAGGUCCAGAUUUCCUGUGCCGCUCAGUAAGAUAUCUUCAGGUCGUUGGGAUGUUCGUAUCUUCUUACAUGAUUGUGGCCAUGACCUUUGAUAGGCAUCAAGCUAUUUGUCGGCCUAUGAUGACAUUUAAAAAGGGUUCAGCUAGGUGGAAUAUCCCUGUCUGCUUGGCAUGGGGGGCAUCUGCAGUUCUCAGCCUUCCACAGAUUUUUAUUUUCUCAAGAACAGAGGUCCACCCGGGAGUCUAUGACUGCUGGGCAAAUUUUGUGCAGCCAUGGGGUCUUAAAGCUUAUGUGACGUGGAUAACUUUGGCUGUCCUCAUCCUGCCAGCUUUGUUUAUCACCACAUGUCAAGUCCUGAUUUUUAGAGAGAUACACCACAGUCUGCACCUGGGGACAGAAAGGUCACCAGGGUCAAGGCGGAAAGGAAAACUGGUUAAUGGGACGAAUGGCAUGCCGCCAAUUUCAGACUCUGGAGUGACAAAGGCCAUGUCCAAGACUGUGCGAAUGACUCUGGCCAUUGUACUGAUUUAUGUGAUAUGUUGGGCUCCAUUCUUUAUUGCUCAGCUGUGGAAUGUCUGGAAUGAAGGUGCAAAUGUGUUUUCAGUUUCUAUCAGGAUUUUGAUGAUCCUAGCUAGCCUGAACAGUUGUACCAACCCAUGGAUCUACACCAUCUUCAGCAGCAGUGUUUCCAAAGAUGUCCAAGCCAUCCUGUGCUGUGCUUGUAAAAAAAGACAACGCAAAAACUCUCUGCCUGAAGAUUCCUGUUUUACUGGUUCCACCUCGUUACCCAAAGAGUCCCUGUACUGA